CAAAAACCCACCCACGAAUCCACCAAAGCCGCAAACUUGCAUGCGCGCAGGGCCAUGUGAUUUCCGAGCACUCGCCCUGGGUUCCAACAAGUGGAUGAUUUUGCGAUGGAGUCAGAAGCUAAACCCUCGGAAAGGGACGACUCUCGAUCCCCCGACUCGUCGAGCGACAGCGACAGCGACAGCGACGCUGGCAUCGCCACCGGCCGAGGCAGCAAUUCUGACAGCAAGACGAACACCGAGCCGCAGGUCCAAUGGCUGGCUACGACGCGCGAACGCCGGUCCACGGCUGGCAACCGGAUGAAGUCGAUGCUCGCGAACGAGGAGCCCGAUUCAGAUCUCGAGCUGCUGUUUGCCGAGGACGAAAACGACCAGGGAUUCACCGAUGUCGACGAUGACGGGUCCGACGUUCAUAUGGAUUCUUCUUCAGAUGAAGAAGACAACAAUAACAACAAUGCUGAUGACGACCUCGAAGGCGAGAAGGAGCUGGAGAAGCAGGCCAAGGAGCGUCGAGCCGCCCAACGCAAACGCAAAGCCCAGGAAGCCAUCCCCGUCAAAUUUCGCAAGAAGGUCCGCAUCGAUCCCACGACGCCCGCAGCUUCCACGACGCCCGCAGCUCCCUCGCCUGCUCCCAUGUCUACGAUGCCCGCACCGCGGCCCAAGAAGAAAUCCGAGCGCACCUCAUGGCUACCGUCAGCCGCCGACAUGCCGACCCGUGCCUCGUCGCGAUCGACGACCCGUUGGUCCAAGGAGCAAUUACACAACCAGAUGGUGGAGCGCGAGGCGAAGCGGUUGAAGCAGCUGGCGCAGAUGCAGAAAAAGGCGGCGAGGCUGGAGGCUCUUAAAAAACCGCCCAUGACGCAGGAGGAGCGGCUACGCGAAGCGGCCAUCGUCGAGAAGCGCAACAGCAAGAGCCUGAACCGGUGGGAGGUGGCGGAGAAGCAGCGUGAGGAGGACCGGCGCGCACGGCUGGCGGCACUCAACGAGAGGACGCUCAAGGGUCCCGUGAUUACCUUCUGGAGUGGUAUUGGCGAGUGGAUGGGGAGGAACAUGGUGGUAGAGGAGCCGGCCAAGAAGAAGAGGGAGAGGGUCGACAAGAACAAGGACAAGGGGAAGGGAAAGGACAAAGACAAAGACAAGGAGAAGAGCAAGAACGAAGGUGCAGAGGGCAAGACAGAGGGCAAGGAGAGUAUCAAGGAAGUCGGCAAAGAAGAUGGCAAAGCAGACACUCCAGCGACAAACGAUGGAACUCUGAAGCCGAAGCCCGAGUCGGAUCAACCACCACAACAGACGUCUCCGCUGCCCCCGGCCGAGACUCCGGCUGCUACUCCGGUCGCUACUACGGUUGCUACUACGGCGGACCCAACACCCAAGGAGGGCGAUGCACCAGUUCCUGUCAAGGUCGAAGAGACUCCAGCGAAGCCUGCGGAGACUCCAUCGGCGGUUGAAGCGCCUCCUGCGCCGAAGACCGAAGAACCACCCCGGAUAAUGGCGAUGCCGCCUCCACCACCUCCUCCUAUCGCCAGUGGCCUCGCUGCUCCAGCACCUCUCCCUCUGUCUCCGUCUCCUCCUCCCAAUGGCCUAGCUGCCCCGACUCUCCCGACUCUACCUCCCAAUGGCCUCGCUGCUCCAACUCCUCCGAACCCACCUCCCAGUGGCCUAGCUGCUCCCGCUCCUCCUCCGAACGGCCUGGCCGCACCAGCCCCUCUCCUUCCUCCACCGACCAGUGGUCUGGCUGCUCCAGCUCCAGCCCCGACUCCUACCUCUGCUCCUCCGGGCUCCCAACGAUCCAUCAUGACUCCUCCAUCAGGGUUGGCGCGCCCCCUGGAAUCCAAGCCAUCCGGUGUCCUCGCCGCGCCCAUUCUCGCUCCCCCGCCAGGCAUCGGCGUCAACGGCACUGCUCAACCCAUGCUAGGCUUCAGCUCUGGCAAUCUCAAGUCCAACGUCCUGGCUCUGCCGAAUACCUCUCAGGGAUCCGGUCCUCCAACGCUGUCUAGCAUGGCGGCCCCGGAGAGACUCAGUCCUUCCAUCUCUCUCGCCACCCCCGUGCCGCCCAAACCUACACUUGCACCUACACUUGCACCUACACCGUCUUCCACUUCCACUCCUACCUCGAUCCCUGCUCCUCCUAGAGAAACGGACCUCCAGCCCAUCACCAACCCUUCAGCUGCCCCAAACAAAUCGGCUACCUCUGACACACCGGCACAACCACCCCAACCUCCACAGCCCUCUACAGGCGCCCGCAAUGCCAUCGUCUUCCAGAAUUUUGAUGAGAACGGGAUCAAGGACCGCACUGUCCAGACCCAAAUCAUCUUCGGUCGCAAGAUGACCAAGCUCGGCAAGCCCUCUCCUGCACCUCUCUGCGUCAUUACAAACCACCCCGCUCGUUACCGCGAUCCAAAGACAGGGCUGCCGUAUUACAAUGCCUAUGCCUACCGCGAGAUUCAGCGCCUGUGUCGUGGUGAACACCGCUGGAGCAAGAUCCUCAAUGCAUGGGUUGGCAGUGGCUCCACUGCCGCCCGCGGAGUGCCCGAGCGAUUCUUAAACCCAAACAAGAAAAAGCCCGUUGACGAGAAGGCAAAUGAAGAGAAGAAAGAUUCAGAUGGCAAAGUUAUGGCAGAGAAAAAAAAGGAUGAUGGGAAAGCCCCUGAAAUGAAGCCCACCGAGGUCAAUCCUGCUGCUGGAGUGAAGCCCCAAGCGGUGAAGCCCACGGAGAGUAAACCAACUGAGGUGCAGGCCCUCGAAGUGAAGGCCCCUGAGGUGAAGCCGCCAGAGGAGGCAAAGUCUCUCGAGGUGACGAUGACGGACGCAGAGGUGAAAGCCCCAGAGGCAAAAGCUCCGGGAGCAGCACUCCUCCCGCCCAAACCAGAGACAGCCAACCCGGCGGGUAAAGCACCUGAAGUGCCCAAACCCGCCGUCGUGUCCAAUCCGUCUACUGCUGCAGCGGUAACACCAACACCUGUCACACCCCAGGUUACAGCACCUGAGCAGGCACCAAACCCCCCCUCGACCACGAAUACUGCCGUUGUGCCGAUGGAGGCAGCAAAAUAAGCGGAGCCGUGCUUACAUGAUGUAAAGCGGCGGCGUGUAUGAAUAGAUGUUGAUUAUCGGAUAGAUUAGAGAGGCAGGCGUAUGUACAUAUAGAUACCCACCGGUUUUGCACGUCACAAGACCCAAUGGACGAAAGCGCCCAGAACAGAAUAGGACUGUCUGUCUAGUUUGGAAAUGAUGAGAACCUCUACAUUGGUAUAAACUAGAAC